AUGUGCGUGACCUGGAUGGCUAAUGCUAUUCAGUUCGUGCUGGAGAGAGUGUUUUGGUGGCUUUCAGUGGAGGAAGAGGAGAAAAAGGAUGAGAUGGUGCAGGAGCAUGGGGAGGAGAACGACGAGGAGGGAGGCGAAUUGGAGUUGUUUUGUGAGUAUUGUCUAAUUAAAUUAUCAAAUCAUAUAUUGCAUAAAUAUUUAUAA